GCCAGCCAAUGAGACUGUACGCUGGCUUAUGAUGUGUUUUCCGGCGGACGCACAGGUCUUGCUCUCGUCCUUGAUCAGCGCGAACCGCAGCAUUUGACGGACGUAAGACACACAUUUGCGCGGAAAAAUGGUUGCUUACUGGAGACAAGCAGGACUGAGUUACAUCAGGUACUCGGCGAUCUGCGCCAGGGUCGUGCGGGCAGCACUGAAGCCACAGCUGAAAACUGAGGCGAUUAAAAACGCAGAAUCCAGUGUGAAGGUCACUAAAAUGAAGACCGUAUAAUGAUCUGUAAUUACAUCCUUCAAUCCCCCACUUCUCCACGUUUUCUGUUGGAUUUACAACAAGACCUGCAGUUAAUGAUGAUUAAAUGGAAAUAGCUCUGUUCUUUUGAUAAUAAAUUAUGAAGAGUCUCAAACUAAAA